AUGGAGGCAGUCGCAAUGUCACCGUCCUCCGUCUCGUCCCGCAACCUCGACGCCGCCUCCACCAGCGACGACAUGCCGUCCUCGCAAGAGGGCCUCCUCUUCUCGGACAGCCUCAAGGACUUGAGGAAUCUGCGGUCGCAGCUAUACUCAGCGGCGGAAUAUUUUGAAGUAUUCUACACAAACAACUCGCACAGAUCUACGGUGGUAACGAGUUUAAAAGACUACGCAGUUGAGGCACUUGUUAGCACUGUUGACCAUCUGGGUUUCGUGUCGUACAAGGUGGAUAAUCUCGUCAAUGAAAAGGCUGACGAGGUUAAUGAAACAGAAUUUCGAGUAUCGUCGGUUGAACAGAGGGUAAAGAUUUGCCAGCAAGCAAUUGACCAGGAGGGAAGAUCUCAACAGUCUCUUCUUAUCAGGGCGCCGCAGUACCACAGGCGUUACAUAUUACCAGGCGCAGAUAUAGUGGAAUCCGCUAUCCAUCCGGUUUCAGAGCCCACACGGUACAGCAGGCAACAUACAGGUCGCAAAAUGCGCAAGUCUCAGUCUGCAAUGUCCACUCCAGUUAGUAGGCAGACAACGAUGAGGAGUGUCCGUUCACAGUCUCCAGCAGUUCGUGAAACACACCAUCGAUCACGAUCCAUGUCGCCUUCUCGAAAAGCACGAGCUAAAUCACCAUCACCCCAAGUCGUGAACUUAAAUCCGAAAAAACAAGAGCAGGUUCGCCAAUACCAACUCCUCCCAAUCCCCUCGCGCGAUCUGCCACAGUCGCAAGAAGACCACCUCUGGAUCCAAAGCAUUUUGAGACAAACCUCGAUGCAGGUGCAGUCUGACUAUGAAAACCAGAAAGAGAGGGAGAAAAAAUCGAACAAAGGCCGGGGCUUCCUCAAGUCGUUGCUCACAAGACGCCGGUGGAGGAACGACGAGUCGCUGUACAAUUACUUGGACGAGUACUGA